AAUUCAUUCAAUAAGGAUGUCUCGAAGUGUUAAAAAGAAAUCAAACAGAAUGAAAUAUUUUUCUGGUACUACACAACAUAAUCUAUUGAUAUUUGGUCGUGCCGAUGGCUUGCCUUCAGAUGACAGUGGAGACUCAGAUUAUGAACCAUCAACUGGUGAGAUCACGGAGAUGCCAAGUACGAUUAUUAAAAAAAGAAAGCGAGGUAAAAAGUUAUCACAUUCCAGUCAAGUGCUUGUCAAGAAAUCAAAAACAACAAAAAUACAGCCUGAGAAUACCCCAAGUUUAGAUUGGUCUCAUAGAAUACCUAAUGAACUGCUGCGUAAAGUGUUAUUAUAUGCUGUCAAUAGUUUGACUGCCGUACCUUUAUUAUGCAGAGUUUCCUGUGUAUGUAAAAAAUGGCAAGCAGUUGCAUUAGAUUGUUCUCUGUGGUGCAGUGUUGACUUGUCACAUAUGGCAAAUACUCGGAAUGCAAAGGACCAGACCUUAAGUUUAUUGAGAGGGAGAGAUUUUCUUAAUUACGUACAAGAUUUAAACUUAAGUGGUUGGCAAAAAUUGACAAGUUCAGGAGUAGAGGUUAUUACCAGCCAGUGUACGCGACUAAGAUCAUUAAACUUAUCAAAUUGCUCAAAGAUCACCGCUAAUGGAGUCUCCCUCAUUGCUAAAAACUGUAGAAAAUUAACAACAAUCAAUCUUUCCCACAUUCAGGCGAAUGGAACAGCAAAUAUGUCAGUUAAGAAUUUACUCAAUGAAUGCGGACAACAACUUGAGGAACUGUAUUUAGCUGGUAAUAAGUCUGUUGGAACUCCAAGUUUGUUGUUUAUUCAGUCUUGCUGUCGAAACUUGAAGAUAUUGGACCUUUCUUGCACUUCCAUUGAAAACUUCAAUAUAGAGAGAUUGCAGGCAGGAUGCCCUAAAAUGGUGGAGUUGCGGCUAUCUCAAUUAUCAUUCUCGACACCGUUGAAAGUUACAGUCAAUGAAAUGAACGCAUCAGCUGGUUUUCCAGAUUUAGAAUUACUUAGUCUUGCGAGUGUUACCGGAGGUCCAAAUGACGAUUUCUUGCAAAGGUUAUUGAAAACAUCAAGCAAGUUACGGCAGCUUGAUUUACGUGGAUGUGAAAAAAUCACACACAGAGCUUUUUCAAAUAUCCCGGCUGUUUCAGUAGAACAGUUAUUUUUAGCACGUUGCACGAUUUCCUGGAAAGAUUUAUUCAAGAUUAUCAACGCAAGGUGGCAAGACAAUUUGAAAGAACUGGAUGUAUCUUGGUGCCAUGAUUUAAGCGAUGUUGCUCUGUUAACUCUGGCUAUUACUAAAAAUACACUUUUAACGAAAUUAAAUUUGGCUGGCACUAGUGUUUCUACGCCUGGCGUGAGAAAUAUUAUUGGUUCAUGUCCCAACUUGAAGGAAAUAAAUCUCACAUCGUGCCGGGGCGUACCUCGUGGCUUGAAACAACUUCAUAAUGAAGAAAGCAUUAGAACACUAAGAAAUUCAGCCCUGCUUCAGGCAAAACCGGACAGCGUGGAACUAUAAACACAGCGACUGUAUGAAAGAUAUAUGUAAAAUAAUUGAAAAUUAAACGGGACUUACCUUAAG